AUUUCCAAUUGUCUUCUUUCAAGCCAUCUAUUUUAACCAUAGAAGGAUCAGAGUUCCAUCAAAGGCAUGACAGUUGCAUAAAUUCCUUCUUAUAUGUGGGACCAUACAAUAAAAAAAAUUCCAAAAAUAGCAAGUUGCACACACUUCAAGACCCCCUCAAACAGUACAACUCUUUUAGGAAACAAUGACUCAAAUAUAAGAAGCUAAGCUUCUUAAUUAACUUCCCAUCUACCAAAUUCAUAAUUAAGCAGCCUCACAAAAAGUCAGUCCAUUGACAUUUUCCCCCUAAUUUUCUCUCUCAUCUUUUGUUUUUCCCUAUUAAAUUCUCAUGUUACUUUCAUGCCUUUAAUAUCCAAUUAAAACACACUAACCAAAUCAUUUAAGAUAUGCCAAGUUUCAUUUAUAUCUAGCAACUUAGGUAAGUUUUUGUGGUACAAGCCAUCAUAUUAUUUUAUAAAACAACAUAUAUGUUUGAACAUUCUUGGAGAUGAUAUGAUCAUAUUCCAAGUUUCCAACAACAAAUACUAUGAAGAGAUUCAACCAAAAAUCAUGUUCUUCAUGGAAAGAUUAUCAAGAAGAAGCUGCCUUUGCUAAAGACGCGAUUCGUGGGAUCCAAGGAGGAUCAAUAAUAUGGCCUCAAAGAUCAUAUUCAUGUAGUUUUUGCAAGAGAGAGUUUAGGUCAGCUCAAGCUCUUGGAGGACACAUGAAUGUUCAUAGAAGAGAUAGGGCUUUACUUAAACAAGUCACCUCCAAUAAUAAUAUUGAUGAUCAUGUAAUCAUCAACCGGCCUUCAAAAUCAACGGUUGCUAUUAAUCCAUCUCAUCAGGUUUGUAACCCUAAGACUAGUAUAACACAUCUUAAUUUAUCUAGUAGGGUUUCUUCAAAUUCUGUAAUUAGUGGGGUUAAGAAAGUAAUUAGUAGCCCUAAUGAUGUCGUCGUUCAAGCUAAUAUGUCCAUGGGGUUGGAUUUAGCUAUAGGGACAUACCGAAAAGAAGAAGAUUAUUAUUAUUGUCAAGGAGAGUAUUUGAAGUAUAACAAGAGGUUUAAGAAAAAUGGUGAUUAUAAUGUUGUUUUGUUUCCAUUCUUUGAAGAGAAUAGGUGUUCUAAUGUUAAGGAUGAUAUCGAUUUACAUGUACCGGAAAAUUCAAGUCUUAAAGUUGGUAAAUCUAUGGAGGAGUUGGAUUUGGAGCUAAGACUUGGUGAACCACUUCAUAAAAUCAAGUAGCAAUUAAGCUAACUAUCAUAUGUUGAAUUUGGAAUUAGCUUGUAGUACCCUAGCUAUGUAUUCACAUUGAAUCGGUUAUUAUAUAUACAAAGUAUUAAUUAACUA